GACCUGAUGCUGCGUCAUGGGUGGUGUAUGGGAGCCAUAGAGCCUCAGCUGGAUCUGGAGACCAAGGUGGUGAACACAAAGCAGUAUGCCCAGAGCCUCACCUGGCUCCAAGCCCUCACUUGGCUGCUGGAACGCAUGCAGGUACAGUACAACUCUCCUCACGGAAAAUACAACUCCUCCAACACCUUGGUUAGGGUAGUGAUCGCAUUAGGUGCGAAUAGACAUGAAGAAGAAAAAAUGUCUUAAUUUACAAACUGGUGUAAGUUUUUUCUUCCAUCCAUUAUAAUGCACAUGUAGUAUCUUAAGAGUCUAGAAAUGCUGAUGUGGCAAAAUGGUGGAAUAGAUGAACUUGCUCUACUUUGUUGAAAACAUCUGGAAAGCAUUACUAAUGUUCAUGGAAAGAUGAUAUGGGGAGUAAGGUAGAAAAGACCAGGGAUUGGUUUUUAGGAUCACACCAUAUUACGUCAUAAAUGAUAUAAAACCAUGUCUUGAACAAUAGAAUAGGGAGAAUAGCAAAUUACUGAUUGGCUGUGCUGUCUCACAGAUAUCUGCAGAAUCUGUCAAAUUCCGAUGCUGGAACCUUUGUUAUAAUAAACCUUUAUAAACAGAGUACAGUGUCGGCGGAUCUUCUUAUCACUACGGCAUUACCAGCAAAAGCUCGGUCUUGUUUACCACACACACAAACAAAAUCUCUCAAUCUCCCUACAAUUGAUUAAUUGAUUAUUUGAUAUGUGUUUCUGUAGUGUGAUUGUUAUGGUUUAUAGCUGUCUCGUCUUAUGUCCUUCUGUAGAUGCAUCGAGAUUCACAGUCUAGGGAGGUUCUGCAGAAUUGGCUGAAGGAGAGAGAGGAGCUCAGGUGGGUCCCAUUGGGAUAGUGGUAUUAAUGAAGUGUUAUUCUAAAGGUUUCAGAAUGGUAUGAUUCUGAGCUCUUUCUUUGUCCAUAUCUUAUCUUCUAAUUCCCUGCUGUGCUCUUUCUGCAUUAGUCUUUCAUCUCCCUUUCUUAUCCAUGUCUCCUUUUUUCAGACUAAGAACAAAGAACCUGUUCAACCCCCAGUUCGGCAGCAUCUUCCGCACUUGUCACAACCCUACCUACUUCUGCCGCCGCCUGUGUCGCUUCUCAGACGUCUACAUGGCCUCCAUCAGCUGUCUGCUAAACUAUGACCUCUCCUACACCUUCUACCCCCUAUGCACCCCUCUGUAG